UGUAUUGACGUGUUGUUAGCAAAUGGGAGCAGAAGGGCCGAUCCUUCGCCUGGAGAGGUUAUUCUGACUACAGGGUUGAUCCUUCGCCCGGAGAGGUUAUUCUGACUACAGGGUUGAUCCUUCGCCUGGAGAGGUCAUUCUGACUACAGGGUUGAUCCUUUGCCUGGAGAGGUCAUUCCGCUCCAUGGUCGAGUCUGACUACAGGGUUGAUCCUUCGCCUGGAGAGGUCAUUCUGAUUACAGUUGCCACUUCUUGCCAAAAUCUUCAGGGUUUAAAGACUCGAUCACUGCGACUACAUUUAUACACAUUAUUCUGUUUGCUCCAAUCGAGACACGGAUCCCGAUGUUCAAUCAGGAUUCAGGAACACUUCCACAUCUAACAUUGAAAGGAGAUACUUCGUGAACUGUUCGAUAUUUCGGUCUGAUCUGACUACCGAAGCAUGGUUGAUGACACCAGUUUAGCAACUAAAUCUGCUUUGCAAGCAGCUUUCCCCUCGACCUGCAACCUCCCCCUGCUCGUCUCCUCUGCCUCGACACACAGCCACUUCCCCGGUUCACACUCACAGUCCGACCAGCCCAACGGCGGAGGCAUGAAGCUGGAGGCGGUCAUGGAAAACCUCCAAAGACAGCAGGCUGCCCGCCUGGCGCUAGAAGAGAAGCUCCGUCAGGCGGAGAAAGAGAAAGACCUCCGCUCCAUGGUCGAGUCCCAGAUCCAUCAACAAGCCCUCGCCUUCCGCCACUACCAGGCAGCGGUCCGUGGCGCUUUCGCUGCGGGAAUAGCGAACUCUUCUCUCGGGUUGGCGAGCUCCGCUGAACGGGAACUGGCUCUCCCUCACAGUCUUGACGCUCGCAGGCACUCGGCCAAAGCCGACUCCGAUAUGGACGAUGAUCCAGAGGGCAUGGACCGAGGUAUAAAUGAUGACAACAGGGAUAUGGACAACGAGGGAAUCGUGGACGAUGAGGAGGACAUAGAGGGGGCUCUCAGCCACUACCAGCCCCGCCACCCCAUGCACCCCGGAGCGGGAGACUCGUCAAAGGUCACACUUGUACAUCUCAUGUCCAGAGCCCCUCCGUCCUUCGCUGCGCCCCGGCAGUCAGAGACCCUGGGCGGGAUGGCACCACAGUCUCAGCAACACGAAUGGACUUACGACGAGCAAUUCAAACAGUCAGGACAAAGCAGGUCGCCAGAGAGGAAGCUGGGAAAUUCAAGUGUCGGUAUCGGUGGCGUCUCCUCGUCGCUGAUUCAGGAGUUGUACGAGUUGGACGACGAGGUCAAGAGGAAAGAGUUUCUUGAUGACCUCUUCAGUUUUAUGCAGAAGAGAGGGACUCCAGUGAAUCGUAUUCCUAUCAUGGCCAAGCAGGUGUUGGAUCUGUACACGCUCUACAACCUGGUCACAGAAAAAGGCGGCUUAGUGGAGGUCAUCAAUAAGAAAAUAUGGCGUGAGAUCACCAAAGGCCUCAACCUCCCUACCUCCAUCACCAGUGCAGCGUUCACCCUGCGUACACAGUAUAUGAAGUAUCUCUACCCCUACGAAUGUGAAAAGAGGGGUCUGAGCUCCCCCGGAGAGCUCCAGGUAGCUAUCGACAGCAACCGCCGUGAGGGACGUCGUCAGAGCUAUGGGUCGGCCAUCUUUAACUACUCUCCAGUAGGGACUCCCUCCAUCCUCUCCUCCCCCAAGAUGAGCAUGUCUCGCCUGGCCAUGUCCACCUACAACGGAGUACACCUGACCCAGGAACACAACAUCAAGAAAGAGGAUGGCCUGAUGUCGGGAGUUCUGCCUGGCCGUGUUGGGGAGAUGCCCAUGUCUCUGGGAGGGCGCCGCGGGGCGGCUGCAGCGUUGGAGCAGCUGGGGGAGCCGCCGGAGAAGAAGAGGAUGUUGAUGGAUCAACAGAGGCUCAUGCAGCAUGCGCUGCAGCAGAACCUCCUCGCCAUGGCAACGCAGCUGCCCAUCAAGUUAAACAACGGAGGUGAGAGGAUGAGAGAUGACAGACAAGAGACUCCAUUGAACCUGUCUACCAGCGGCAUUAGCAGCAUCAACGUGUCAAUAGAAAUAGAUGGAGUUGUCUACACAGGUGUUCUGUUUGCCAAGAAGCCCUCCCUUCCCAUGAUGCUGGGUGGUCACCAGAUCCAGAACCACACCUCCUCUCUGGGAAAGACCAGUCUGGGGCUGAACUCCUCCUGCGUACAGAUCCAUCCGUCCUGCUGCUCCUCCUCCUCCACGUCCUCCACAUCCUCGGUCCACAGAUCCGGAAACUCCUCCCCCUGAUCUGAGUUCCACCCACAGCCCCACCAACUCACUUUAAACCCCGCCCCUAUCCUCCCCCAAAGACUUCUGUUGUUUUUUCCCCCCUCCUCCUCCCUUUUUCUCGAUUUCCUUAUCCCAGUUAAAAUAACAAUAAACAAAUAUUUACAGAGGAAAUACUUCCGUAGGAAAAGAACAAGAAAAGGCUCUCCUUCUAUUCUCUCUCCUCCGAUCUCUGAAUAGCAAUGGUAUGCAGAGGACCUCUGAUCCCAAUGGUAUGUAGAGGACCUCUGAUCCCAAUGGUAUGUAGAGGACCUCUGAACCCAAUGGUAUGCAGAGGACCUCUG